CGAGGGAGGGAGGAAAAGGAAAGAAACCUGACAUCUGAUGCGGAGGCAAGCCCCUCACCAAACCUCCAUUCAUGGAGCUCAAUAACAUUAGUUAUUGGCCUAUUACGGGAGGACUACAGCUCAUCAUUGGUGUGUAGAAAAAGAUUACGAAAGCAGAAGGAAAAAGGGGAGAUGCAUGCAUACUCCUAUAUAGCAGUAUCAUACAGCAAAAGAAGAAGAAUCAGCCGCGGACAGCCUUCCUAACCCUCCUUUCUCGCUCAUCCUUUUCUUGCUUGCAGUUGGUAUUAGAACAUGACCCCUAUUCCUCCGUCCUCCUGAAGCUCUGCUGUGCGUGUGUGCGCGUUGGAGGAAGGAGGAAGGAAGCCUAGGAAAGCCACCGCUCACCUUCUCGCUCGCUCCCCACCAAACGCCGCUUGGUAGGAGGAGAAGAAUUGGCCCAAAAGCUUCCCGUUGGCCGGGAUCUCUUCUUCUUUAAUUACCCCCUGGGGAAGUGGGGAUUGCCUCGCUCAUUAGACCAGACCAGACAGGGAGGGAGACAGAGAGGGUUGGGGGAGGAGAGUAGAGAGUUAGAGACACAGAGAGACAACGGGUGCUCGGUGGGAAGAGGAAGAGGCUCGUGGGGAGGGGGAGGGAUCCAGAAGAAGAUGAGGCGGUGGGUCUUGGCCAUCGCCAUUCUUUCCGCUGCUUCGGCGGCGGCGCUCUUCCUUGGGGCUGAGGCCCAGGCGGUCCAGCAGCAGGGCCACCAGACAGAGAGGAUCUCAGGGAGUGCUGGUGACGUGUUAGAAGAUAACCCUGUUGGGAGGCUCAAGGUUUACGUCUAUGAUCUCCCCAGUAAAUACAACAAGAAGCUGCUGAAGAAGGAUCCUAGGUGCCUGAACCACAUGUUUGCCGCAGAGAUCUUCAUGCACCGGUUCCUGUUGUCAAGCGCUGUCCGAACUUUUAAUCCUGAAGAAGCAGAUUGGUUCUACACGCCUGUGUACACCACAUGUGACCUGACUCCUUCGGGUCUUCCCCUUCCCUUCAAAUCUCCUCGCAUGAUGCGCAGCGCAAUUGAGCUGAUUGCCACGAACUGGCCUUACUGGAACAGAUCAGAGGGUGCAGAUCAUUUCUUUGUCACACCACAUGACUUUGGUGCUUGCUUCCAUUAUCAGGAAGAGAAAGCAAUCGGACGGGGAAUCCUUCCCUUGCUUCAGCGUGCUACACUGGUUCAGACCUUUGGACAGAAGAACCAUGUCUGCCUGAAGGACGGGUCCAUCACAAUCCCACCAUUUGCACCUCCCCAGAAAAUGCAGGCUCACCUUAUCCCCGCAGACACCCCUCGGUCCAUCUUCGUGUACUUCCGUGGUCUGUUCUAUGACACCAGCAACGAUCCUGAGGGUGGUUACUAUGCAAGAGGUGCUCGUGCAUCAGUCUGGGAGAACUUCAAGAACAACCCGCUCUUUGACAUCUCAACCGAUCACCCACCGACUUACUACGAAGACAUGCAGCGUUCAGUGUUCUGCCUGUGCCCAUUGGGUUGGGCUCCAUGGAGUCCCAGGCUGGUGGAAGCCGUGGUUUUCGGCUGCAUCCCGGUGAUCAUUGCCGAUGACAUUGUCCUGCCCUUCGCGGAUGCCAUCCCGUGGGAGGAGAUCGGUGUGUUUGUCGCUGAGGAGGAUGUCCCAAAGCUGGACAGCAUCUUGACGUCAAUCCCAACAGAUGUUAUACUGAGGAAACAGCGUCUCCUCGCAAACCCAUCGAUGAAGCAGGCCAUGCUGUUCCCCCAGCCUGCUCAGGCGGGUGAUGCAUUCCACCAGAUCCUGAAUGGGCUCGCACGCAAGCUCCCGCAUGGUGACAACGUCUUCUUGAAGCCCGGGGAGAGGGUCCUGAACUGGACCGCCGGGCCGCCAGGCGACCUGAAGCCUUGGUAGCAUCUGCCUGCCAUAUUACUAGAACUUUUUGGGGAAAAAAAAGGAAGAUUGAGGACAUGGUGAUAUAUAUACGUGCGCCUUUAAGUUACCAUGGCUGCAUAGUUCUGACCACAAGCCAAAUGUACAUUUUUGUAUGUUCUUUCUCCUUUUCCCUAUAGCUGCUAUACCUGUAUACCAUAUAUCUUCAUUUCUCUCUCUUUUUGCCCCUUUCACUAGGUGAUGAGAAUGUCAGCCUUGUCAAUCAUGUGGAUACCAUAGUCGAAAUCUACAACAUUUUACUCACUCUGAAUGUCUGAUCUCAUUUUCAUUA